CCCAAACAAGAAACCGAGCCCGAGAAAGUAGAAAAAGUCAAUAAUAUUAAACCCAAGCCCUCUUUUUUAGAGGAAACCAACAAAACUGAGGAAUUAUAUAAAUGCGUUCGUUGUAAUGUCGAGGGAGAUGAUAAACAGGCUUUUAAGCACGAGCAACGCAAAGAAAAACAGCAGAAUUAUAAAUGCGUUCUUGGUGGGGAGGAUUUAGGUUUUAGCGAGGGUGAAUUAAAACUUUUCAGAAAAGAAACGACAGGCAACCCAAUUCCUCGGGCAAUGUUAAUCUGUCUGAAAUGUCUUUUUGGUGAUGACAUACCACCCACCGAGAAAGAUUUAAAAGCCAUUC